UUUCAGACCCAGUGUUAGUGUUGCCAAGCCAAUGAGUAUGAUAAAGCUUCAUUAUCUGAUCAAGCCCGCUUCCUUUCGGUUCCAGUACAACCUUCACAACCACCCUCGGGCUUAUACUUCCCUCUUCUCCGCUAAAACCCCUGAGAUACCUCAUUCUUCUUCUUCUUCUUACCCAGACUCUCUGUUCCACCGCGUUCAAAUCAUCCGAGAUCCAAAGGCCUCGGUUUUACCAGUGCUCCGACAAUGGGUCAAUGAAGGACGACAGGUUGACAAGGAUCAACUGGGGUGGAUGGUUCGAACCAUGAGGGACUUUAGACGCUUUAACCACGCUCUUGAGAUAUCUCUUUGGAUGACAGACAGUAGGUUUUUAAAAAUAUCACCAAGUGAUGCAGCGGUUAGAUUAGAAUUGAUCCACAAAGUUCACGGACUUGAUCGUGCGGAGAACUACUUCAACAACAUGUCACGAAAGUUAAAAACACACCAUGUAUAUGCUGCUCUUCUAAGGAGCUAUGUUAGAGAGAAUUCUGUUGACAAAGCAGAAGCCCUUAUGGAGGAAAUUAGAAAUUUGGGUGAGGCAGUAUCAUCUUUACCUUACAAUGUAUUGAUCAACCUUUACGCUAAGAAUGGAAACUUUGAUAAGAUUGACAUGUUGAUGCAAGAGAUGAAAGUUAAGGGUAUACCUCAUGACAAGUAUACUUUGAGAAAUCGACUGUCUGCCUAUGUUGCGGCAUCUGACAUUGCUGGGAUGGAAAAAAUCAUGAAUAGGAUGGAGGAAGAACCCAACCUUUAUGUUAACUGGAAAGUGUACGCAUUGGCAGCCAGUGGAUAUCUGAAGGUUGGCUUGAUUAAGGAGGCUUUGAAAAUGCUAGGGAAACUUGAACGGGACAUUGAUAAAAUAAAUCCUAAAACUCAGAAAACAGGACAUAUGUUUCUUCUCACUCUCUAUUCUAAUACUGGUAAUAGAGAGGAGCUUUACAGAAUUUGGAAUAAGUACAAACCAACUUAUAGACCAACGGAGGCUCCAUAUGCCUGCAUGAUCAGAUGUCUUUCAAAGUUUGAUGAUAUUGAGGGUGCUGAGAAGGUUUUUAAGGAGUGGGAGUCGCAGUGCUCAAUUUACGACUUCAGGGUGGUUAAUAGCAUUCUUAUUGCGUAUUGCAGGAAGGGUCUUUUGGAAAAGGCAGAAUCCACCUUAAAGGCUGCUGCGGAAGGAAGUACUCCAUACGCCGGCUCGUGGAGUAUCUUGGCAAAUGGGUUUGUGGAGAAUAAUCAAAUGCCUAGAGCAGUUGAAAUGUUGAAGAAAUCACUCAUGAUCGGUCGAAAAGGAUGGAUGUCAAAUCCUGUAACUUUGGCUGCCUGUCUAGAUUACUUAAAAGAUCAAGGGGAUGUUACAGGAAUGGAAGAAAUCAUAAAUUUAUUAAGGAACAGUGAUGUUUUUAGCAAAGAUACUUUUGAUAGAUUGUUGAGCACUUGUGAUGCAGCUGGAGAAUCAUUUUCAGGGGUUCUUUGUCCAAACGUAAAUGGGUCUAAUGAUGGUGCAGAAACAAACCAAAUCAACACGGAUGGUUUUAGUUUUGAUGAAGAAACAAAUGAGAUUCUUGGAACAAGGUAAUGGAGAUCAUGAUGUGGAACUAUCUAGUGAUUUUGGCGUUGUAUGUUAUUAAUUGAGGUAUCCAAUUAUUCUUCUGUUAAAAUCACACUUUGACUUUAUGUUUGCAUGUACAUAAGGUCUGAGUGUUGAUUCUGGGCCUCUAGGUUUUAGAAUUUAUUGGAAAUAGUUGGAGGUAAAAUGUUUGAAGAAAGGGAAAUUUUUGUUGUUUUUGAAAUGUUUGAAAAUGUUUAAAGUAAAUUGUUAUUUUCAGUUAGAUUUAACAAA